AUGGCGAAUGUGGUGGAUCAGGCUGAUGAUUCAGAGUUGUUGCUGGCUUCCAGAGCAGAGCUGGACAGAUGGGCAAACGCCUAUGUGGCCGUGAUGGGAGCCGCCCCGCUUGAAGAAGAAGAACCCAACGAAGCACAACUUUCUGCUCUCCAUAGGAGGGUCCACGUGUUGAGACAGCCUCCUUAUGCUGACUUUGGGGUGUGGCUCCCUUUUGCCCGUCGAACUCAGAAAGCACAAAAGUUCAGGGCAUACAUGCCUGUUGGAGACGGCACGUACGUUGUGAAGGAGAUGCCUGGACCGCAAAACAUGCUGCAGUGGAUGUCAUCCUGGAAGGUUUACAAGGUGGCCCUCAUCAUGCUGGACGUGGUAUCCUUGGCGGCCCUUCAAUUGUAUGAGAAGACGAUAGAAAGGUUGGUCAUGCAGUGGCCCAGAUGCUGGCACCUCAUCGUGCUGGCGGACGACAAGGGUCGGGCUGAACGGCUUGAGAAGUGGCGCAGGCGCUACAUGAUUGAGGAGGACGGAGGACGACCGGUCCCAAUGGAUUGGAGCAAGGAGAAGCCGUGGACUUCAUGCUUCAAAGCCCUGGCCCUCGACAACGAGUACUGGGAUGAGCAGGUUAGACAUCCGGCAGCCUCAUGGUUGGUAAGCGGUGGACGUGGUGUAGCAUUGGCCCCAGCUGAGCAGGUCGCUUUGGCCCAUCUUCCUGGAGGACUCGAGGCUUUGGAGGUCGACAAGGAAGAGGGGGGCGAAACCAGAAAGAGGCAAUCCAACCGCGACAGAAGGUUGGCCCGCACCAAAAGGAUCAAGCAGGAGCGGGAAGAGCUGGACAAGUUGCGGAAGUCGAAUGGUGGAGGACAAGCUGCAGGUUCUUCAAAGGCGAGGGGCAAAGGGAAGAGCAAAGACCAGGCGGGGGUCCAGAUCUGUUAUUCCUUUGCAAACGGAUCUGGGCCCUGUGGUAGCCUGGAACCCGGAGCCCCUUGUGUUCAGGCUAACGCCGUGCCGAUCGGGGGCUCCACGGAAGCAGGCGCGGUGGACAAGAUCAAGACAGAGCCAGCCGUGAAGGCAGAGGCACCGCAGCCAUGCGCGGAAGUGUGGUGGCCAGAGAGGGUCACAGAGGCGCUGAAGUCCUCUGUGGAUUUUGCGGAGUACAAGAAGAAGAGGAUCUUCACCUUCGCUCACUUCUUCUCGGGCAAGGAGGAUGUCCUGAGCGCGGCCGUGCGGAGGCUGGCUUCCCUGGAUGGGAUCACGCUAAAGUGCUACUCCUUUGAUCUGGAAGGGGAGCACGCGACGGACCUCAUGAAGGAGCAGCCCUAUGGGGACAUCCUGGACAACUGCCGCAAUGGGGAGUUGGACGCGGGCCAUGCUGGGCCGCCCUGCGGUUCCUUCUCAGUGGUGCGACAUAGACCUGGAGGACCCCCUGCAGUCCGCAACCUGGAGUGGAUAUACGGGCUGCCAUCCAACUCACCUCAACAGCAGGCUGAAGCCGACAAAGGUUCUCUCUUGGCCAUCAGGUCCACGCUCCUCCUAAGCGAGAUAGUGCAAUCGCAAAGGAGGCGCAAAGUGCCGGAAGCUGCAACACUUGAAAACCCUCCGGGAACUGAGACCCAAACGGAGGGGUCGAUGUGGGCACUGCCUGAGGUGGCCGACUUCAUGGAGAAGUUCCAAUGUGUGAAGGCUUGGUUCAACUCAUGCGCGUUUCAGCGCAAGGAGAGAGUCAGGUGGCUGAAGCCUGCGCAAUUUGGUGGGCGUUUGAGUGGCCUGGAGUCUUUGAGGAGGAAGUGCUCGUGCCCCAGGGAUUUCCAACAUCAGGUCUUGGUGGGCAAGCGGAGGACGAGCGAGUCAGCCAGGUAUCCCAAUGACUUGGCCAUGGAGUAUGCGCGGCUCUUGAUACAAGUCUUCAGAACGACUCUCAAUCUGGAGUGGUGGCGCCACCUGGAGAAGUAUCAUCGCGCUGAGCUCACACAGAUCCAACGCAACUGGAUACGCUCCAAGGAGAAGCACACGGCCCAGGAAGUUGACGAGGACGUCAUGAAGCACAUGCGGGGCAACAAGCGCUCGUGGGGAGAGGAGGACGUGAUGAUGGACCAUCUCCCGGACUCAAGCAGGGACACCAAGAAGGUCAGGCCAGCGAGCCAAGCCCGACUGCAGCCGAAAACAACCCUUGGCAUUUUCAAGUACUAA